GGCUAGGAACCGGCUGAGCCCGUGUGCCCUCGCCAUGCCACGCGCACCGCUUGGGACACCGGCCUGUGCGCUGCCGACCCGGAAAAGCCCCGUGUUGAGUCUUCCCCGAGGGCAAUGUGCCUCCUUCCUGUCCUCCCUCUCCGGGCCUCGCACCUCCGGGGCCCGAAGUCCCCAACCUCGGAAUCCCAGCCCACCCGGCUGGCUCCCACCUCCUGCAGUGUAGAGCGCCUAGCAUGACUCCCGCCGUCGGGCGUGGGAUUGCGUAACCAGAAAGCUCGCGUGUUGUUUUGCUUAUCUGUACAGUGGGUAUGAUUUUCGUUUUUUCCCCCGUCGGCCAGACUCUAGGUUUUGGUUCUCGCCAUGGCCAUCACUCAGUUUCGGUUAUUAAAAGUUUGUACCUGCCUAGCGACAGUGUUCUCAUUCCUAAAGAGACUAAUAUGCAGAUCUGGCAGAGGAAGGAAAUUAAGUGGAGACCAAAUAACUUUGCCCACCACAGUUGAUUAUUCGUCUGUCCCUAAGCAGACAGAUGUGGAGGAGUGGACUUCCUGGGAUGAAGAUGCACCCACAAGUGUCAAAAUUGAAGGAGGGAAUGGGAGUGUGGCAACACAACAAAACUCUUUGGAACAGCUGGAACCUGACUAUUUCAAGGACAUGACACCCACUAUCAGGAAAACUCAGAAAAUUGUCAUUAAGAAGAGAGAACCAUUGAAUUUUAGUAUCCCAGAUGGUAGCACAGGUUUUUCCAGUAGAUUGGCAGCUACACAAGACAUGCCUUUCAUUCAUCAGUCAUCAGAACUAGGUGACUUAGAUACCUGGCAAGAAAACACCAAUGCCUGGGAAGAAGAAGAAGACGCGGCCUGGCAAGCAGAAGAAGUUCUGAGGCAGCAGAAAAUUGCGGACAGAGAAAAGAGAGCAGCAGAACAGCAAAGAAAGAAAAUGGAGAAGGAAGCGCAGCGGCUGAUGAAGAAGGAGCAGAACAAAAUCGGGGUGAAACUCUCCUAACACACACCCGCCUGCCACACCAGUGCCAGUAGGAGAAGCCGGGCCCUGCCGCCUACACAACAAGCAUUUGUAUGGACUGGAGAUGAUUUUCAGAAUACAAACACUGCUUGAUCUUAAUGUGUUCAUCCAGGACACCAGGAUUCUCCCACAAUACCUUGAACUGUCAGUAAUCAAGACUCAAAACACAGAAAUGAUGAGACAAUUAUUUUCUUCAACAUGUUCCAAAUAUAAGAUAAUUGUUUGCUGUAGAGAAGUUAUUUCAAGUGGAAUAUACCAGACCAGUACCUCUCAAGCUAGUGUUUCUAGCUGAAUAAAGUGGGUGUAAAUAAUUUUAUGGUAGAAAAGUACUCUGCUAUCUAUUAUGCUUUCAUUCAUUGUGCAUAAUUAUAAGAUAAUUUAAUAGUCUUUGUUGCCAUAAUCACUUGACACAAAUUAAACAAAGUUUAAGUGGGGCUUUAUACCUCCUUAAUUUUGUUUUCAGGUAGUGUUGACGUACAUUUUCUUUAAUUUGAACUGGCAUUGUUUGGUACAACAUUAAGGAAUAUGAUUUGGAUUUUCAUGAAAAUACAUUAAAUGCAAUAAUUUUAUUUAUCAAAUAUUUUGUAUAUCCUUAUUUUCUUUUGGAUGGUACUGUAAUGUUAUCCAGAGCUGUAAUUUAUAGUGCAUGUAUAAACGUUGAGAAUCAGCUGCAGUGACAAAUCUGUAGGAUUAGUAGCUCUUCUCUUCCAUCACAGACGUCAGGAUGCUCUCAGUGUCUGUAAGGAUCGUAGCUCUUCAUCCUCCUUGAAAGCCAUUAAUUUUCAAAUGCAGAAAGCCUUCAGUUUUAAUUGAUUUUAUGAAAGUGAUUCUGAAAAAUUUCUCUUUUUUUAUCUUACACAAUGCAGGGUAUCUAUAUUUUUGGCUAGAGAACAUUACGGAUUCAUUACAAACAAAUUAUAAGUAUUUUUUGUUUGUGAUAUUCAUUGACUUGUUUAAAGAAAUAAUUACAUAUUGUGUUUUAUGGGGAAAAAUCCUAUCUCACAGUUUAAAAUACCAUUAAAUUUUCUCCACAAUUGAAAUAUAACUGGCCUGAUUUUCUGUGGCUUUGGAAUUUUUAAAGAUGCUUUACUUUCUUCAAAGUUAUUAGCCAGGAUUAACAUUUUGUGGGCCUUUAAAAUGUCAUAGUGUACAGGCCAAACAUUACUAAUAUGGUUGAAUUAAAGCAAUGCUUCAUAGUAAAACCAAUAACUGUACAUUGAAACUUUUAAAGGUUUCUUAGUCUGAGAUUUGAGACUUAAUUAUUAUGAUCAUUUGACUAACUGGUGGGAAGAGGUUUUGGUCACUAGACCACAUUGUCAGUUGCUGUGUUUACUGUUUCUCCAGUACAUUCCCAGCUAGGUAGAAUUUAACUGAGAAUUUUAAGAAUCUCUUCUCUCCCAUGUGUUUGGUUUAGUCAUUGUGAGAGUUUUAUAUCUAUGAAUGUAGAAGUCAUAAAGGAUAAUUUCCCUUCUUCCAAUAGUAGUAAGUACUGAGGUCCUCUUUAGUCAGGCUUUUUAAGUAUAUGAACUAAUUUUUAUGUUUAUCUCUUUAGCUUUUGAGAAAUAAAAAAACAGAAAUUGCAGCUUAUAUGAACGACUAGGAAGAAAUAGAUUUCUCUUUAACAAUUGUGAAAUAUUUUCACCUAAAUUUAUAUGUAAAAUUGGGUAUAUAUGAUCCCUGGAAGGUCCAUGGAGUUAAAUACACAUAAUAAAUACUUCAUGGUAGCAACCUGAAUUCUUCAGCUUCCAAAUUU